CGUGGAGAAACGUUUCUUUAGAGGAAGUCAGCACCAAACGACUUUCAAAGGAUUCACAGCACAUCUAUCAAAGAUGGAAUCAAAUUCUGAGAACCCUCUCAAUAACUCGAGUGGACAUCGUUAUGGUAACUCAUGCGGGAUAGACUUCAAGCAAGAUGCAGUCUUCCUUCCAGUUCUGUACGGAAUAUUUUUCAGUCUCGGCACUCCCUUGAACAUUCUAGCUCUGUGUGGACUCUACAAGCUCAUCAAAACAGAAAAUGUCUUGCCGGUGUAUGUGCUUAACUUGUUACUUGCUGACCUUAUCCAGCUGUUGACUUUGCCCUUGUGGAUUGACUACUAUACAAACGACCACCACUGGCGAUUUGGUCCCAGAGUCUGCCAGUUCACCAGUCUAUGUUUCUACAUCAGCAUGUACGUAGCAAUCUUCUUCAUGUGCAUCAUAGCACUCGAGCGCCACUUGGCAAUCGCCUGUCCACUGAAAUUCCACUUCCUGAGCCGACUCAAGUUUGCCCGCUGGUUUGCACUGGGUGCAUGGGUGAUAGUUACCGUCCCCCUGUCCGUCGCCUUCAACAAGCUCUUCCCAGUACGUGCCAACUACACCCUGUGCAUUGAGAAAUACCCUUCAGAGGGAGGCUUCAUCACCUACCGGCUCAUAACCCUGUUGAUGUCUUUCGUCAUUCCUCUGGCAUUCAUUCUCAUCCUCCACAUAAAGACCAUGCGCUCGCUAAUGGCCGUCACCGCCCUGGCCUCGAAGGAGAAGAGGCGCAUCAAGAGCCUCCUCACCCUCCUGGUGGUCACGUUCCUCGUGGUGCUCGGACCCUACCACGUCACCGGGUACGUUAAGUACCUGGGCCUGCUGUUCCACAGGGACUCCUGUGCCUGGGAGAGAGCCAUCUUCUUGCCCUUUCAGCUGGGCAGGGGCUUGCUGAGCCUCAACAGUUUGUUGGACCCUGUGUUCUACAUCUUCCUGAGGAACGACUUCAGGUCGGCGGCAGCACGGUACCUGCCAUGUCUGAGGAGGAUGACCUGGGGCCUGAGCCAAGCCAGGGCAUCCUGUGGGGCCUCUGAGCCCAUGGAGAGAGGCACAAGCUCCACGGAUGGGUUAUAACGAGAACCUUAUGGCCUGAUUGAUAGUCUACGCAAGCUACAGGAAUGCAGUUGACGCCAUUUUUAGUCUAUGCAAGCUAAGCAGUCAAUGAACCCCCAUUGGAAACACAUAUGAAGUUACGUUACAAAAUACUGGGCAAAGCAAUUUUCAAGUGCAAAUUUUUGCAAGUGUGCAUUAUACUGUACUUUUCCAUACCUUUUGUUGACUAUGAAUCAGCCCUAUGAGAAAUUAGAAGCUUAAGCAUUAACUUUAGUUCUAUCUGGAAGACUGAUGCAUUCAUUUCUCUUGUCCAGUCAACGGAUACAGCUAUGUAGUUAAUGACUCGCCCAAUGUGCUGUUGCCUCAGGUGCUUUGACUUCGAUGUCCUCUCCUUCCUCCCACCACCAGGGCUGGACUGGGACCAAAAAACGGCCCGGGCAUUUUUGGCCAUAGUGGCCCACCAUGAUAAUUUACACGAUAAAACAUAUGUGCACACUGUUUUGUGUGUAAAAAAUAUUUAAGCAAACCGCAGUAGCCUGCAUGGAAGCGAGUAGGCUAGCCUACCCUUGCUAAAAAAAUAUUAAUUAUUAUUAUACUCUCUCUCUCACACACACACACACACACACACACACACACACACACACACUAGAGUGACCUUUAAACCAGCAAGGAUGAGGUUGUGCACAAAACUCAUGCUAUUAAAUGCUUCACUAAAUAAAACCUGCUAUAAUUUAUGUUGAGCAUUUGCACAGUUUUAGCCAACAAUUCACCUUGAUACUAUUUAGUGAAGAUGUAUAGGCUACACAUCCCAAAACAUUUUCAUUGUUAAUUCCAUGGGCUAUCACCAUUCCUGUUUCAUUCCAUGCGUCUGACUGCAUGUCUGUGUGUAUGGGUGUCUGCUUGUCGCAAAGAAAUGUGAUAGUUUGCUUGUUGUACUGCGUCAAGAUUGACAACAAUUUCGACCAAUCGUGACUGUCUUAAGAUUUCAGAAGGUUGAUGGCGAGCCGACAACUCGUUAAUUUAAUGGGUAUCGCAAUUCAAAUGCAUGCGAGAGGGGUAGGCCUACACAGAAACCACACAAAAAGACGCGCUCACACUAUAAAACUUUAUUUUGCUUAACUGGGUGCUGAAUCCUACAUAGCAGGCAGGUUAAUACGUCUAAAAGAAGCAAGGGGAAGAAGCAGUCGCAGAUUUCAAACUUUUAAUUGAUCGUUGUGCGCCCAAAAAGUUCAGCCAACAUUUCGGCUACUUCUUACCUGCCUCACAGUAGCUAUUCUGGCCUCCUCCUCAAUCUGUCCCUGCUGGGUCACGUUUCUCACCUCUUCCUCCUCCUCCGAAUCAAUUUGAAUAGCUACUCCUUCCUCUGUGUAACUUGCACAAUCGAAUGUGCCUCUCUGAAGCCUGCACUCGGUGCUGCUUCUGCACUGCUGCUAUAUGUCGACGGCCCUGUUUGAACUU